AUGGAUGAGAUUCCUGACACAUGGGAUGACUUUAAGGAUCCGCCUCCGCAUCUACCCAUCGAGGAAGAAAUAGAUAUUAUCCUUCGGCCGUGGAGGUCUGAUGAAUACCUUCGUACAAUAGCAAGUCAGAUGUUUAAAGAAGACAACAUCCCUGUUCUUCUUCGCACCUAUUACAAUCCAGAAGAUGCUGGCAAAAUAAAUGAAUGGGCUGCAGAUAAAAAUCUGUUCGAGAGAAAUGACACAUGGAACCGUCUUGACGAUCCGGAGUUUUUUAAUUUAGGCCCUGAUUGGAGACAUGAUCUGUUGCAGAGGGGCAUAUUGAGAGAUUCCAAGAACAAUCCAAAAUUUCUUAUCGUCGUGGAAGCAGAAGCAUCCGAGGGAUGGAGUACAGAUCCAGAGAAAUUUAUUGAGAAUUGUGCGCUUCGUCUACAAACUAUCUUUGUCAAGUCGAUGCUUCUUAUUGCAGACCAGGAGGCCUUUCAGACUGGAAAUGCUUGGCUGCUCUUUUUAGAUGGCCAGCGAAAUAUUAUUCGGGAGGGCCGUGUCAACCUGGAUAAAAAGGGCAUUGAUGAUAUAGCUAUGGACUAUGACCAGACUAGCGAAAUGCCGGAAGAGCUGAAUGUUGGUAAGAAGUAUAAGCUAAAUGGGGAGAUAGGGAAGGAUCUGUACCGCUUAACUAAUAGGAUCUUGCGGAUCCUUGAUUGCUUUAUGCACUCACCGAGAACUUCGCAGAAGAUGGACGACCACUUUGGACACGACAAUAGCAAGCAUCAGCUUCGUACCUACAAUGUGUGA